CAGAGGGAGAGUCAAAAGAGGGUGGAACUGACAGAGGGGGUGAGGUUGUCAGGGAAAGGGAAAUGAAGGAGUAAGCAAGAUUGUGCCUGCAACACAGAUUCACUCUCUCAGAGUCCAGCUGACAUUAAAAGAAGACAGACAUGGCUGGAGACAAACUGGAAGAGAGAAGAAGGAGCGAGUGAGGAAAACAACAAGCCAUCAGCAGCCAACCUUGGCCACCUUAUCUUUUCCAUCUAUAUACGGAAACCACUGGAUAAUUUAUAAGCCUCUCCCUCUCGCUCUGUGUGACUGUGUGAGUGUGUGUGUGAGAGAGAGAGAGGGGGGGAUUCGCUGAGCUCACCACCACCAUGCUGUGUCCUGCUGCUGUCAGCGCAGCUGCUGCGGCUGUCUGGCUGCUCGCAGUGCUGGGCCCAGGCCUGUCUCUUCCAGCUGAGGACAACUCAGAGCCGGGCUUCAGGCUCUGCAGCCACUGCUUCUUCAGACAGACGCCUCCUCGGGGAGCCUCCGCAGGGCCACUGCUGCGCCCACUCUGCCACAGACUGCCCGGGGGACAGGCGUUUGCCACUCUGUCCAAACCGACCUGUGACACAGCUGUCUACUCUGCCUUCCAUCUCAGCCACGGAUGGACGGAGAGGGAGGGAGAGGAGGGGGGAGAGCUUGUGACAGAGCAAGAAGAAGGAGACAACAGCAAAGUAGCAGUACCGGCCCUUCUCAGAGGAGGCGGGGACCCUCCUCAUCCUGUCUCACCCACAGACUCCCUGCUGCAACACUGGGACUCAACAGUCACAACACUGGUCCAGUCAAGCAUCACUCCCCAGUGCAGCACUUCAGGGGGGGAUCUCUACAUCCUGACUGGAGCGGGAGGUCUCAGGGCUGCUGAGGAUGGAGAUGAGGAGUGUCAGACGAAGCCGCUGUGGUCUGCAGUGUGCUGCGCUGCCCCCGAGGGGAAGAGUAGCUUCAGUGUGUGCUUAAUCAAAGAGGCAGGGGAAGGGGAGAGGCAAGUGAGCGUGAAGGAGCUGGAGGAAAUGCUUGGAGUGACAGAGCUGUUCUCAGACGGCUGUGGAGGAGCAGAUGGGGAGGCUGUUGGAAUCACAGUGGGUCUUCACAGUGAGGGGCUCCCUGACAAUGCACAAAAGCUGGAUGCGGAUCUUACUGCUGAAAACACAGGAGGUAAUGAAGUAGAUUCAAACACUGCUGGUCGAGUCACUGAAGGAGGGGAGGUUGAUUCAGAUACCAACAGCCAAGAUCCAAAUGAGGACAUUAAGGACGGCAGAGAGGCACUGAUCGCCGGAGAACAGGUGGCUGAUGCUCAGCCAGAAGAAGCUGAUGUUGCAGAUGCCACGCGAGAAUCUGGCGGUGAAGGGCAGCGGGAUGUGACACAUUCAGGAGCUGUCAGAUCAAAGUCUCCCAGGUCCUCAGCUGAACAUGAAACUGUGGCUGAACAAGAGGCAGACACAAAUUCCAGCAGCACUCUGGUCUUCGUCCUCUCCACCACCAUGUCCAUCCUUAAAGCUCCUCUGCGGCCUGUGUUCUCCACAAUCACGCAGUUACCUGGACAGGUGACCUACGUUCUUCAGGAAGACCUUGGAGUUCUGUCUGCCCUCCCAGGAGAUGCCUUCUCCCUGCUUCACCUCCUGACCUCUGACCUCCUGUCCGGGAUGGGCUCAGCUGCAGAAAUGCUACUGGGUAUCGGGGAAACCUGCGUCUUCAGCACCUACUACUGCACCUCCUCCAUGCUGGGGGCCCUGCUGAACAGCUGCCACACUGGGGUCACUGGCAUGGGGACCCUGGCUGGAGACACAGUGGGGAUAUUUGGGGAUGUGCUGGAUAAUGGUUGGUGGGUGACCAAGUUCUUUGGAGGGCGGCUGUGGGAGCAGAGCGAGGGGUAUGUUGGAACAGUGAUGUCUGAGAUGGGGGGUCAGGCGAAAGCUGUAGGUUGGGGGUUUGGGAGACUGGCGUGGAGAAGUGGAAAUGGGGUGGGUAAUGUCUUUAGGCUGGGAGGGGGGUUAGUAAUGGGGGUGGUGGACAUGGUCAUUGGUGCUGUGAGAGGGGCUUUUGGGCAGGAGUCAGAGUGAAAAGUGGAGGAAAAUUCCAGACUCCAGCUUGUUUUCUCCAGUUUUGGUUAGUAACUUUAUUUAGCACACGAGAGUGUGAAAAACAAGGUACUUCAGUUUGAUCUUAUUUGAUAUGCCUUAGUUGUUAUAGAAGGAUUGUACUUCACUGAUUCAAAUUUAGUGAAUCGUCAAUUCAUCCCACUGUAGGUCUCACACUUCACUGUGGCUGGCUAUACAAAUAAUCUGCUGUAUUUGAAAGCUGGGAUAAAUGACCCAACUGUGAUUUAAAAAACACUGUGCAAAGCUUUUGGAUGUAAUUAUUCACAUAAUUCUUGUAUGAUAAUUGUUAUGAUAAAUGUUUGUUGAGAUGUACAUUUGAAUAAAGAGAAUGCUGGCUUAUUGUACUUUG